ACACACAGCAGACUAAAGUCCUCUCACUGGUCGCAAUGAGGGCUUCUCUCCUUCUUGCCCUAACUUUCCUCUUGUCUCACGUUACUGGGGCAGAUCCAGGUCCUGGUUGCCAGACCAAAAGGGACAAGGACUAUCGACCGAGUAUGAACUGCACUGCGGGUGGCUUUUCCAGCAUCCCACUGGAAAUUGAACCUACGAUCCAGGUUCUGCUGUUUAGAGACAACCGGUUCUCGAGUCUCUCCUGGUCCUCCUUCCAGGUGUUUGCACAGCUCCAUGAGGUGGACCUGACAGGAAACCAGAUCCUGGAGGUCCCUCUGUCCCCUGGAGCUCUGCUGCCUACCCUCAGCGUACUCCGCCUGGGAUGGAACCGCCUCACCGGCCUGCCCAACGGCUCCUUCUCCGCCUGCCCCGCACUCACCGAACUCCACCUGCCCCACAACACAAUUUCUGCGCUGAGCGAUGGCAGCUUCUCCGGACUGAGCCGGCUGGAGACCCUUGACCUGACAUCCAACCGGAUCACAGUCCUUCCUCCCCUCAUGCUGCAUCCACUUGUUGCCAUAGAAAAUCUAUUCCUGGGAAACAAUCAGAUCCGGGUGAUGCCUGAUGAUUGGUUCAGCAAGAAGGAAGAUAUCCCCUACAUCAUCCUCUCAGCCAAUCCCUGGGAAUGUUCCUGCUCUCUGCGUAUUCUGCACCGAUACCUCCAAGACAAUGGUCUUAAUGUGUAUGUCCUUGAUGGUGGACUCAUCAGCAGUGACCCUGAAAGCGUGGUCUGUCAGUCUCCAUUAACACUCAAGGGAUUGUCUGUUGUGAAUCUGGAAGAAAGUGAGCUGUGUGGACCAAGACCAAGGUCCUUGUCAAGAUUUUGAUGAGACAAGAAACAAUAUUCCUCCAUACCAGUCCACAGUUUCUUUGAAGAAGACCACCGAUUCUCCAUACCAGACCACCGAUAUUAUGUAAACUGUUAUUUACUGCUAUCAAAUCUCAUGAUAAACUGUCAUUUACUGUCAUGACAUGAUAAACUGUUAUUUACUGUGAUCACAUCACACGAUCAACUGUUGACUUAUUUCAUAUCAAAUAAUAUUUUAGCGUUGCCAAAGUGAAAAUUGAUGAUGAUGGCCAACAUUUACACAGACACACAAACAAGCACAUAUCCUAAUCCACUGACAAACUCACUUUCAGGUUGAGGCAUGUGUUCACACAUGCACAGACAGACACAUGUUUUGAAGUGUGUUUUCUAACCGGCAUAUUCACACACACACACACACACACACACACACACACACACACACACACACACACACACACACCACAAACAAUAACUUAUGGCAUGUUUCCACCUACCCGCCUCUCCUCUGCCCUACUCUGCCUCACUUGUAGAACCGUGAUGUCCUUAUGACUUUGUAUUGACAUGACAUGGAGGCUGUCGUGUUUCUUUUUGUUGUUUUGUUGCAUCACUUCCGCUUCCGCUUCCGGGUCGCUGCUGUCACUUGUGUUUACUCCGUGUAUCGUCCCUGGUUUUUGAACUUUUUUUUCCAUACCGACAACUGAUUUGGAUUACGGACCUCGGACUGAAUGGUGGAGACUACCGGUUACGACCACGGACUGUAUUGCGACACCGAUUGGAGGAAGACGGACAUUGGAAAGCCGGCGAAGCCGGUAGCUGGGUCAGCCAAGCUAAGCUACCUAGCUAUUCUAGCCGGUGAGGCUACCAGCUGGCCGCGUAAUAACAACAAACGCGAUGCCACCCAAGAAAGUUCCAACGAUUGAGGAGAUGGAGGACAUCAAAAAAUCCCUCGAUUUUCUGGGUGAGGAAGUGUCUGCUGUGAGGCUGCAGCAGAAGAACCUUCUGGACCUGGUGGAGGAGAUUAAGGUUCUGCGGCUGCAGAACGCAGAGAAGGCAAAACGGAUCGCCUUUCUCGAGAACCGAGUGGAGGAUCUGGAGCAAUACACUCGGAUUAAUAACAUCAUUGUGACUGGACUUCAGAUUAAACCCCGGUCAUACGCUCGAGC